AUGUUUGCCCGAAUGAACCGCAAGCGGCAGGAGAUUACGGAGAAGACACCAAAGACGCCGCGCAAGGUUGUCGUAUAUACCGACAACUUGAUGACCUCAAAGAGCGUACGGUUCUCGACGACUGCCGAGACAGCCCAGCAUUUGGCACGGUCGCUGGCAGAUACGUUGAACACGGCGCUAAUUAUCAGCACGUCGUUUAGAUUCGACCCUGAGCUGAACAUGCUGGAGAUCCUAGACCCAUACAAUCCGCGCAACAACAUAUUCACCAACGGCAUCACCGACUAUGAAGUGUCAGUGAAGCUGUUUCUGCUGCCAGCGGCAACCGACACACACAACCGGCCAUCCCCGCUGUACGUGCGGCAAGCGCUGGCGUGCAUACAGAAGCAACUGGGAAGUGUGAAGAUCGACGAGUUCUUCACAUCGUUCAUUGACAUUUCGUCGCCGAUCACGGCGGACACGAUGGAGGAGGUCAGCGACAGUGACUCUGACCCGUCAAGCGGCGGCGGCGGCGGCGGCAGCUCGGGGAAGAAGAAAAAGCACGGUGCGGGCUCGUUGCCCGACGACAUGGCGCGGUAUGUGAAGAUCUGGCGGGUGCUGGGCAAGUUCCGGGCGUCGGGGGAGAUUGGCAAAAUCGGGGUCAGCGAUUUCACGCUGCCGCAGCUGCAGCAGCUGAUGGAGCUGUCGCAGGUCAAGCCUGACAUGCUGCAGGUGAAGCUGGGGAAUGACUCGUUGGCGAUGGGCGAGACGCUGGACUCGGAUCUGAUGGAUUUUGCGCGGGCACAGGGCGUGUCGCUGCGCACGCACACGGACAGCUUGGAGAUCCUGACGGACCGCACGUUCCAGAACCUGGCGAACGACUACAAGAUCAACGAGCGGUUCCCGACAACCGAGGUGCCGCCGCACGGAUACAAGAUUGACAUCAUGCGGCCACGGUGGGUGGCCAACUACAGCGUGUCGCUCAAGAACCGUGGGCUGGUGGCCAACCGUGGGUUCAUCGUCAUGGCCAGCUCCGACUGCGUGCUGGACCCGAACGGCAUCUCGUAUCCGACAUUCCUGUGA